AUGAUUUCAGUUGUGAUUAUCACUAAGCUACUUGUGGAAUACACGGCGGCUCUCGCUAAAAUCACCGCCGGCAUUCUCCCACGGCGUUCCGGCGAUAGAAACGCUUUACGGAUCGGCGGUUUCCUCUUUCCUUCACCUUCGUCGUCUUCCAUAAUUCCUGAUUUCUCCUCUCACCUCGUCGAUUUCUGA